CACCCCGGCUUCACCGUCCCAUCGGCGCGACCUCCGUCUCACGAGUGCGUCUCCACGGUGACACUUUGCAGGCGUCGAAGCCGCGGAAUAUGACAGCAGUCGCCUCUUGGUAGCCGCGCCUUACCAGUAGCUACGACAACUUUUUCCGAACGCUAACGCCCCACCUGUCAGGAUGACGUCAACCAUGGACCUCGAGGAGAUCACCAAGCUCGUCGACGGGAUCUACAAGAAUAUUCUGGACAAAUUCAACCCUGGUGCUCGGCAACUGAUAACGGCGGGGAAGGCUUAUCUAAAAGCUCUCCAUGGAGCUGCGGCGGCGUCCCGGCUGUACGUGGACGCCAUCAGCAAGCUGGCCAAGCAGGCGCAGCAGGGCACCUGGGGAGCCUCCGCUGACAUCGGUUCGGCUCUUAUUCAGAUAGUUGACGUCUACAAGGAGAUACACGAGCAGCAGAUGAAUAUACUGAAAGCCUUCUACGUGGACAUGCUGGUGCCUCUGGAGACGAACCUGGAGAAAGAUACAAAAGUCGUACAGAGUGAACAGAAGCGCUUUCUGCAGCAGCACAAACAACGCUCUGAGACGUACAGCAAGGCGGCCGCGGCCAUCAAGAAGCAGAGGAAGAAGACCCGAGCUAAGCCCCCGGCUGUGGCGCUGGACCGCGAGGUGAAGAGCCUCCAGGCGCUGGAGGAAGAGCGCGCCAAGCUGGACGCCUUCUGCGAAGCCAGUCUCAAGACCGCGAUGACGCAGGAGCGCCGGCGCUACGGGUUCGUGCUGGAGCGCCAGUGCUCGCUGGCGAAGCACUACCUGCUGCACCACAGCCAGUGCCGGCUGGCGCUGGAGGGCCGGCUGGACGCGUGGCAGGAGGUGGCCCAGUCCAGGGAGGCGCUGCCCGACGGCGUCGAGGCCGUCAUGGCGGCCAGGCUGCGACAGGUGAAUUUCUACUCGGAGGACGCGCCCUCUGAGGCGGAGCGCGACCGGCCCGAGGACGACCGCGUGUCCAUGUCGUCGCAGCUGCGCAAGACCAAGUCGAUGGACGCGUCGUGCCUGGACAUGCGCUCCAUCGGCGACGCCGCCAGCCAGCACAGCCCACUCAAGCCGCUCUCCAGGGCCAAGUCGGAGUUCGACCUCAGCGCCUCCACACAGUCCCUGGACCAAGUGUCCGCCCGCUACGACCGCCGCGACGUGACGGCGUCCUCGCCGGAGUCCGAGCCGCGGCCGAAGUCGCUGGCCGUCGCGUCGGAGAACGGGGACGCGCCGCUGGCGCGCGCCAUGUACGCCUACCUGUCCAGCGGAGACAACCAGCUCAGCUUCCUCGAGGGCGACGUCAUCGCGCUCAUGGGCGAACGCAUUAAGGGUUGGCAGUUUGGCGAGAACCUGCGUACCCAGACCAAUGGAUGGUUCCCCUUAGCUUACACAGAGAUGUUGCUCGACGCAGCUGACAGCAGCUCGCCGACGCACAGCACGGCGCCCGCGACACCGGCGUCGCCCACGCGCGGCCUGCAGGGCGGCAGGAGACCCGGCGGCGCCCACCACCAGCCGCAGCCGCAGCACGCCGCCCCAGCAGCGCCCUCACACCGCCCCGCUACGCGGCAGGGUAACCGCGGCGCCGUGGCGACGGCCAUCUCGCGCGCGCUGCAGCAGCAGGCGGCCGCCUCCACGGCCGCCGCCGCCGCCGCCCUCAAGGCCGCCGGCGCCAGCCUGCACAGCAGCAACGACAGCGGCUUCAGCAACGAGCCGCCCCCGCUGCCGGAGGCGGACUACUCGGACGACGACAGCUCCAGCGAAAAGACGGUGACUGCAGUGAACGCCCCAGUGUGUUCUACUCUGCCCGCCAAGCAGCGCGGUAGUGGUGGACGUGGCUGGUCUACCACUACCAACGGCACACACGCCCAGCAAGCGGCCACCAACGGCCCCACCAACGGCGGUGGCGGCAGCGGCGGCAGGAAGCCGACCACGGAACCCCGUCGUCGCGAGUACACCAACGGCCUGGUCAACGGCACCUCCGCGGGGGGAUCCCCCGGGGCGUCGGCCACCACGCCGCACCUGCCCCACCUGUCGACCACGCUGGGCAGGGACUCCCCCCCGCGCAAGCCCAGCUACCCGGUGAAGCGCACCAAGUCGCUGUGGAAGUUCCGCCGUUCCGAACAGCCGGGCGACAUCCUGGAAGGCAUGUCGCUCUGGAGGCACCGCUCCCUGGUCGACGUGCCGGCCGCGCUGGACGCCGAGGCCAAGAGGGAGAACGGCCACCAGGAGCAGCACAAGAAGCAGCAGAAGGCGGAGGCCGAGGAGCGGCCCGCGGUGGCCGUGCAGACGGAGGACGAGGACCUCGACUCGAUGGCGCCCUCCGAGGUGGACGAGGAGGAGGACAGCGAGUCGUGCAUCGUGGUCGAGGACCACCGCCGCCCCCCGCCCCAGCAGCCGGCGCCGGUGCCCCGCCAGCUGAGAGGCCAACAGCAACAGCAGCUGCAGCAACAGCUGCAGCAGCAACAGCAGCUACAGCAGCAACAGCAGCUGCACAGCCAGCAGCCGCACAAGAGAAUGAGCGGUGCGUCACAAGGCAGCGCCGGCAUGACGCUGCCCUGGUACAAGCUCUGGGGCAUGGACGUCGCAGCCGUCAAAUAGGCCAGAGAGCGGUUCGCACGCCCUAGUUUCACAAGUAGAAAUUCCUGCUACUGGUGACAUCGUCUUUCCCAUACACUCCAGAUUACGCUUUCCAGCUGUCACUGCAUACCGGCUGGUGAAGUAUCACUGCUCUCAGAUGUGAUAUGGAUCCUUUUACAUCUGAGUUGUUUUGAGUGAAUGACUUUGUCUCGAGAACAUUUUGCCAACAUCAGAUCCAUACCUUUCAUGUAAUUCACGUAUCCGGC